AUGGGUUACAGUUUUGCUGCGGGAACCGUUGACGGACCUGGUGCAUUUUCAUUCAAACAAGGAACUCUAUCCACGAAUCCAACAUGGAACAUCGUGAGAAACAUAUUGGCAUCACCUACGGAAAACGAUAUUCUAUGUCAAGCACCUAAACCCAUAUUGUUAGCUACGGGAAGAAUGAAAUAUCCAUUCGAUUGGCAACCGAGCAUAGUAUCGACUCAAUUGGCACUCAUAGGAAACGUCGCUUUGAUUGCCGUACCUGGAGAAUUCACGACAAUGUCCGGUAGAAGAAUGAAAAAACAAAUAACGAAAAGAAUGAUGGAAAACGGUUUGGUUAAUCCUUGGCCGAUUAUCGCGGGUUUAAGCAACACUUACAGCGACUACAUAACCACGUUCGAAGAAUACCAGUAUUUAUCCGAGGUUUCUACCCGAUUCCUUAGGGACAAAUACUCGAAUUUCGGUGGUGCCACUUAUUAUAAGAUAGCACCACAUCAAUUCUUGAAGGUCUUCCUGAGUCCGUCUUUUUCGAUGGGAACGAUUUGUCUCCUGAACUGGGCUCCGGUGACUAACAUCUUUGGAGUGGCCAGGGUCAGAAGCAGUGAAAUUCACGUUCUCGUCGAGCUGCCUCAGGUCGACAGUAGAACAAGAUUUUGUUUUUGGUUCUUACUUUGUCUUGUUCUCAUUUUUUUUUUUUUUUGCUCUUUUUAA